UAUUAUUUAUAUAUAUAUAUAAUUUUUAUAUAUAUUAUAUUACUAUAUAAUAUAAUUAUAAUAUAUAUUUCCUCUGUAAUGCCCUUCAGGAGAUAAUACAUUGCAGAACAUCAGAGGGUUAGAAAAUAUAUAAGUCUGGAGGGGAACAUCAAGUUUAUUUAGUACAAAGACCCCAUUUUACCGAUGAGGUUUGCCCAAAGUCACAGCAGGAGUAAGUAUCCAAGUUAGGAAUUGAACCCAGGUAUACAGUGCCUUCUAUUUCUUGAGCUCCUUCCAUUUUACCAUGUUGUCUCCUGGGUGAAAUCUCUCCCCUGGCUUUUUCCUCUCUGGGUGCCUAUUUUGGGCUACUUUGGAGCUUGGAUUUCCAAGUUAUAUCUCUUAAAUCAGUCUUGUCUCCCUCAGAUCACUAUAUAGGAGGGUAGCCUGCCUAAGUGGUCUGUGUGGCUCCACUGCUUGUUGGUGAAAACGGAAUAGUCCUAUUGGUCCUGGGAUAUCCAAAUCUGAGAUAUAGUUUUGUAAUUGGAUUUUCCCUGGAGUCAGAGUAAAUAUUAAUAACAGAAUGCAUACAAUCUUAGGCUGUGAAGUGAGUACCAUGCAUUUGCUACCUUGCACACUAUGAGUUAAUCAUGAGAGAUCCCUGGACCCCUCCCUCAUUCCUUCCUGCAGACAAAGUAGCUGAUGUGGUGUGCACCACACAAAUGCUAAACCCAAGAGCAGCAGAAGGUCCUGUAGCAACUGACAAACAGCUUUCUAGCACUCAGCCACCCUCAGUUCUAAUCUGGCCUCAGAUGUUUCCUGACUGUGUGACCCUGUACAAGGCAUUUAACCCUCAUCGCCAAGUCCUUACCACUAUUUUGUAUAUAUAGUAUGUAUUGUUUCCAAGGCAGAAGAAUGUAAGGGUUAAAAACAUGCCCUUAACUAUACAGGUUAGUAGAUGCUGUGACAAGGAAAUCACUUUAAAAGACUGAUAUAUAUUAAUUUAAGUUCACCAAGGAAUUCAGCUAUGUAAUUCCUAAAUGAAAACUCAAGUCAGCAGUCAACCUUUUAUGGAGUUUAAUUACAAACAGGAGGAAGAAAGGUAUUAGAGAUAGAGAGAGAGAGGGAGAGAGAAAGGGGAGUGAAGGGAAUAGGGCUUAAAUACCCCUUCUGUUUAGGCUGGGCCAAAAGGCCCAAGCCCUUAGAUAGCUGAGGCAAAGAAAAGAGAUCAGUCCAUAUCACUCACGUGACCAAAAUGGAGAAACAGUCUCAGGGGCCUCCACCUCCAGCUUCCUUCAGAGCAAGCUUCUCGGAGCACAACCUCUCCAACCAACCACCCCUAGUCCUCAGACCCCGCUAUCUUUAAGGAAACCAUCCAAGUUCCCUCCCCUCAGUUCUCACAUUUACCAAUCACUGUCCAUGUCUUCCCUGUGCCAAUGGAGGCUCUACCUUAUCCCAGGACAGCCCAGAGGUCUGUGGCUUUGCACAUGUCUGUUGAAGGUCAUAUUCUCAAAUAAUUAAAUCUUGAUCCUUUGCUGCAGCCCUUCCUAAAUCCUGUUACCCUGAGUAGGGUGGAGAUUGAAAUAAUUAAAUUUUGAUCUAUGCUGCAGCCCUUUCCAUUGUUCAGCAAAAGGUUCCUGUCCUAAAGUAAUCUUAAGAAGGGAGGAGGAGGAACCUCCCUUGCCAAUGGGGUUCACAUUCCAAUAGAGUUCCCACUAUCAGUAUGAAAUUUUCCAAGUAUGAAAUUUCCCAAUGGUGAAAUUUCCAACAUUUAUAAGUCUAAGAAAUUUUAAGGUUUACAAAGCCCCUGAUGAUUAUUGGGGACUAGUCUCCCCAUUGAUCAUUUAACAUAAUCAUUUUGUAGUUCUAAAUUCACUUCUAACUAAAGAUAUACACAAUAUUCAAUUUUCUAAAACAAAUUAGAAUAGUGAGAGAGGAAAUAGAAAAGAAAAGAAAGCAAAACCAAUGUUUUGCUAGGCCUAUUGUCAGAAAGCCAAAUUAGGGGCAGUCCCCUUUGGCAUAAAUGUGUACAAUUACAAUAAAUGUUCAAUCAAAAGUUCAGUCCAAUCAAAUCAUAUCCAAAGUUCAUUCUUGAUCUUCUUGAUGAAGUGUAGGUUUUCAGCAUCUUUCUGCAACAGUUCAUUCUCUGGAUAUAAAAGUUUCAAGCUUCUUUCUUGAAGAUCUUUUCUCAAACAGAAUUAAAAUCUUUGAAUUUUUUAUAACAGUAAAAUCUUAAACAAAAUUCUUGGAUUUUUAUAAAAAUACAAUCUCAAACAAACAAAAAAAAUUCAAAAAAAUAUUCUUAGAUUUUAAAUUAAAAUACAAUCCCCCCUGAAGUAAGUAUUAAUAAAUACAUCAAGUUUAGCUCAGAAUGCAAUUUUCAGUUAUGGGCUUGUUUGUGUCAAUUAUCAAAAGAAUAGAAAAAUAAUCAAAAACAUAAGAAAAAUUCAAAAUGGGCCUUGUAUAGAUCCAGUUUAAAGUAAUUUCUAUCCCACAAGUAUGUAGGACAGGAUUUCAGUAAUAUUUCACUUAGACAUUUGUAGCCAAGACUACAGGAAGUUUCCAAAAUAUAAGAAGAAAAGAAUUAGAAUUCUAUUUUGAUGGGGAAAUGUCAUUCACUCGUCUGAUUUUUUUUUCCCUCAGGGAUAUAGGAAGCCUGCAUGAUAGUCAAGCUUUGUAAUUGUUUGAGUACUUCAUGAUGAUACAAUUUAUGAGAGUUACACAAAACAUUUUUCCCACAUAUUAAUAUAUAUAAUUAGAUGUAAAUUUGGUACUGGCUAAGAAACAGAAAGGAAGAUCAGUGGAAUAGACUCUGGGAAAGCGACCUCAGCAAGACAGUAUACGAUAAACCCAAAGAUCCCAGCUUUUGGGACAAAAAUCCACUAUUCGAUAAAAACUGCUGGGAAAAUUGGAAGACAGUGUGGGAGAGACUAGGAAUAGAUCAACACCUCACACCCUACACCAAGAUAAAUUCAAAAUGGGUGAGUGACUUAAACAUAAAGAAGGAAACCAUAAGUAAAUUGGGUAAACACAGAAUAGUAUACAUGUCAGACCUUUGGGAGGGGAAAGGCUUUAAAACCAAGCAAGAUAUAGAAAGAAUCACAAAAUGUAAAAUAAAUAAUUUUGACUACAUCAAACUAAAAAGCUUUUGUACAAACAAAACCAAUGUAACUAAAAUCAGAAGGUAAACAACAAAUUGGGAAAAAAUCUUCAUAGAAACCUCUGACAAAGGUUUAAUUACUCAUAUUUAUAAUGAGCUAAAUCAAUUGUACAAAAAAUCAAGCCAUUCUCCAAUUGAUAAAUGGGCAAGGGAAAUGGAUAGGCAGUUCUCAGAUAAAGAAAUCAAAACUAUCAACAAGCACAUGAAGAAGUGUUCUACAUCUCUAAUAAUCAGAGAGAUGCAAAUCAAAACAACUCUGAGGAUAAACUAUGGGAGUGGAAACACCGAGAAAAAGCAACUGCCUGAAUACAGAGGUUGAGGGGACAUGACAGAGGAUAGACUCUAAAUGAACACUCUAAUGCAAAUACUAUCAACAAAGCAAUGGGUUCAAAUCAAGAAAACAUCUAAUGCCCAGUGGACUCACGCGUCGGCUAUGGGGGGUGGGGAGGAGGAAAAGAAAAUGAUCUAUGUCUUUAACGAAUAAUGCUUGGAAAUGAUCAAAUAAAAUAUAUUAAAAAAAUAUUUCUGGCACUACUCAGGUUUAGUCUCUACUCCUUAUUUUUAUCCCUUUUCCUGGAAUCAGAAACAAACAUUAAUCACAGUCCUAUAAUAUUUUAUCAAUAAAUGGCAGGUUCCCAUAGUUUAAAGCUUUGAGGCAUAUAUUGAUAUUAUAGCAAGAGUAUAUAUAUAUUAACUUGUAUUACUGCAGGAAAAAAAUAAUAUUAAUAUUAAUUAUGUGUACCUUCAGUACAAAUAAUGAGAAAAAAAUCAAAUAUUCUGAUCAAAAAAGAAAAGAAAUAAGAAUAAUAAGAAAAAAAUCAGUAAUUCAAUAUAUUCUUGAAAAAACAGCAUCCAUUUGUCUAUGGAUUAUUAUCUCUAAUUCAUAUGAUAAGGUAGAGUCACCAUUCAUAUAAUAGGAUAGAGUCAAUCAGUCUCAGCAGAAGAUGCUUUCUUCACAUGUGAGCCGUGAAUCCAAGAGUCCCUUUCUCCAAUCUUUAUAGAUGUUGGAGUAGUUAAUAAUAUUUGGAAUGGUCCUUCCCAUGAAGGUUGAGUUGCUCCAGUUGGCUUGAAAUUCUUGAUAUAAACUUUAUCUCCUGGGUUCAGGUCAUGCAGAGAAAAGCCUAAUGGUCCAGCUUGUUCUGCAACUCCGGAUUCAUGAAGUUCACGUAGUUUGUUCUGUAACUCCUGUAUAUAGGAAGCAAUAGUAAUAUCUCUCCCUAAUAGCGAUGUAUAAGCCAGGGAGAAAGGCUUAGCCUGUAUAGGUGGAUGUCCAAAAAGCAUCUCAAAUGGUGAAUUAUGUAAGUCUCCUCUAGGCCUGCUUCUAAGAUAAAAUAGGGCCAGAGGGAGAAUUUCAGGCCAUUUUAAAUGGGUCUCAGUGUAUAAUUUGCCAAUCAUAGUCUUAAGUUCUUUAUUCAUCCUCUCCACUUGGCCUGAGCUCUGGGGGUGAUAUGGAACAUGGCAUUUUAGAGUUAUCCCCAAGCAAGAAUAUAUUUGGUUUAAGACAGAAUUGGUAAAAUGACUCCCUCUAUUGGAGUCAAUAUGUGCUGGCAGGCCAAAAUGAGGAAUGAUUUCUUUUAAAAGUAUCUUUGCAACAAAAUCUGCUGUGGCUUGAGUUGUAGGAAAUGCUUCCGGCCAUCUGGUUAGUUGAUCUACAAUUACUAGACAAAAUUUAUAAUGUCCAGCCUUUGGCAUCGUUAUGAAAUCUAUCUGUAGAUGUUCAAAAGGUGUGUAAGCCAGAGGACAUCCCCCAAAGGCUUUUCCACAAUAUGCAUGUUGGUUAUAUGCAUGGCAGAUAGGGCAGGCUGAACAUACUUUAGAGGCUAUAGUAGUUAUACCAGGGGCUAUCCAUACUCUCUUGACAGAGUCCACGAUGCCCUGGGUGCCAUAAUGACCAUUUUUAUGAAUAGAUUGGCAAAUUUGGUUAUAGAAACUUCUAGGGAGCAGGGGUUUUCCUUCAGAUGACACCCAUACUCCAUUAAACUGUUUUGCUUUAAAUUUUUGUUUCUAUUUUUCCACUUCCUUUUCAUUAUAGGAAAGUGAUAAAUUUAAAUUAUCAGUGGUUGUUAAUGUUAAAAUUAAUCCAGGUCCUUCUAUGGCUGCUAGUUUUGCAGCGGCAUCUGCUCGGUCAUUUCCUCUAGAGACAGGGUCAGAGCCACCUGUAUGGGAAGAGCAAUGAACUACAGCUAGGUCUUUAGGCAGUUUGAGAGCAGAAAGAACUUUAUUAAUAAUUACUGCAUUAGCUAUGGAUUUUCCAGCUGAGGUUAAAAAUCCUCUUUGGAGCCAUAGCAUCCCGACUGAGUGACAAAUGCCAAAAGCAUACCUAGAAUCCGUAUAAAUUGUUGCCUUUUUAUCCUUGGCAAUUAUACAAGCUUGUUUUAGAGCUAUGAGUUCUGCUCCUUGAGCAUUAAAGUUAGAAGGUAGUGAAGCUGACCAUUCAGUGGCAAAUUCUGAGACUAAGGCAGCUCCAGUGUAACGUAUGCCAUCCCUCAUAAAAGAGGAACCAUUGGUAAAUAAAAUCAGAUCUGCAUUGUCUAAGGGAGUAUCCAAGAGAUUAUCUCAAGGCUUUUCUGCCAUGGACACUAAUGUUUCACAGUUAUGUAAUGGUUCUCCAGAAGUGGGUAAAUCUGGAAGCAAGGUGGCAGGGUUAAGAGUUGAACAGCGUUUCAAGGUAAUAUUUUCACUAUUUAAUGAGGUUAUUUCAUACCUUGUAAUUCUCUGAUCCGAGAAUGCCUGUGUUCUAUGUUUUAUCAAUAAUGCUUCUAUCUCAUGUGGGCACAUUAUUGUUAAUGGACAUCCCAAUGCUAAAUCAAUGGAUUUUGUUACUAGUAAGGCUGUAGCAGCGACUCCUCUAAGGCAUGGUGGUGCUCCUGCUGCUACUUGGUCUAGUUGGGCAGAAUAAUAAACAAUUGGGUCCUGAGAAGGUCCCAAAGUCUGGGUUAACACACCAGAGGCUAGUCCUCUUCGCUCAUGCACAUAUAAAGUAUGGCUUGUUGUAAUCUUGUUGUUGAACCCAGGACCUUCUGUCUCUAGGCCUGGCUCUCAAUCCACUGAGCCACCCAGCUGUCCCUUAAGAUUAAAGGGAAGAAAAAGAAAAACUGCUGAUUCCAAUUUAACUUAAGGAGAAAAGAGAGGAGAGAAAAAGUUUUUUAUACUCAUGUGUUCUAGUAGCUGUGUCUUUAAGCCAAGUUUUUUGUUAAAAGGGACUAAGUGGUGAGACGGUAGAGUAAAAAGGCAAGGAAUUUCAGAAGUUUAUUGAGAGAAUUCUUUAGACUCCCGUGUGGUCAGCCACAAAUGUGACAAGGAAAUCACUUUAAAAGACUGAUAUAUAUUAAAUUAAGGUCACCAAAGAAUUCAGCUAUGUAAUUCCUAAAUGAAAACUCAAGUCAGCAGUCAACCUUUUAUGGAGUUUAAUUACAAACAGGAGGAAGAAAGGUAUUAGAGAUAGAGAGAGAGAGGGAGAGAGAAAGGGGAGUGAAGGGAAUAGGGCUUAAAUACCCCUUCUGUUUAGGCUGGGCCAAAAGGCCCAAGCCCUUAGAUAGCUGAGGCAAAGAAAAGAGAUCAGUCCAUAUCACUCACGUGACCAAAAUGGAGAAACAGUCUCAGGGGCCUCCACCUCCAGCUUCCUUCAGAGCAAGCUUCUCGGAGCACAACCUCUCCAACCAACCACCCCUAGUCCUCAGACCCCGCUAUCUUUAAGGAAACCAUCCAAGUUCCCUCCCCUCAGUUCUCACAUUUACCAAUCACUGUCCAUGUCUUCCCUGUGCCAAUGGUGGCUCUACCUUAUCCCAGGACAGCCCAGAGGUCUGUGGCUUUGCACAUGUCUGUUGAAGGUCAUAUUCUCAAAUAAUUAAAUCUUGAUCCUUUGCUUCAGCCCUUCCUAAAUCCUGUUACCCUGAGUAUGGUGGAGAUUGGAAUAAUUAAAUUUUGAUCUAUGCUGCAGCCUUUUCCAUUGUUCAGCAAAAUGUUUCUGUCCUAAAGUAAUUGUAAGAAGGGAGGAGGAGGAACCUCCCUUGCCAAUGGGGUUCACAUUCCAAUAGAGUUCCCACUAUCAGUAUGAAAUUUUCCAAGUAUGAAAUUUCCCAAUGGUGAAAUUUCCAACAUUUAUAAGUCUAAGAAAUUUUAAAGUUUACAAUGCCUCCUCUUUGCUUCCUCUCCUGGAGAGUGAUUCCUUCCUACUCUUUGCAGAAAACCCAGUGAAAUCACCUCCAGAGACUGCAGUGAAGAUACCUUUGUGAAGGGCACUUGGCUUCAAGCCUUUGUGGCAAUAAUGCUCUUUUGAUCUCUCUUCCUAGGCAUAUUAUAUAGGGCUUCCUCUUUCCCCUGGGAGAAAUAUUUUCGGUUUGACCAACCAAUGUAGGCCAGGAUAAGAGCCCUUAAUUAAGCCUGACCAUCUAUUGCAUUCCCUGUUCUCAUCUGUGCCUUCUUUAGACUUCAUUUGGGAUGAAACAAGGAUAUUGGUAAAAAUAAAACAUGGAUCCCUUCAGAAACUUUUCUAUGAUUGGUAAAUUUCUAAUCAGAAUUGGAGGCAGGUAGCCACCUGCCAAAGAUAAUGGCCUGUUUUUCUAUGGGACCUAGCAAGCCACCAUCAGGAGUUUCGGGUAGAGUCUGUCCCAGCCUAGACAAAUGGACUUCUAGCCCCUGAGUCUACUGUCCAUGUUGCAUUAGAGAACUCCUCUAUCCCUCCUCUGCCGAGGGUUUACCAUUCCUGAGGUUUCAUUUUCUGCUUUGUGGCAGUAAUUCACUGGUUCAUCUUUAGAAUCUCAGAGGAACAGGCUUCUUGAGAAUUGGUUUGGCCAUAGCUUUCAAGUCCCCAAGGAUUAUUGAAUGAAAAGCAGGUUAUACUUGAGAAAGAGACUGGACUGAGUCCCACCCAUAACUGCAGAAUCCCCACUCCAGAGUAGCCAACAAGCAUCCCCAGUGCAGCAUUUCUAACUUUUUCAGUAAGAUUUUACAUAGAGGAGAACCCACUACUUUCUGGGGCAGCCUCUCAUUUUGGGGCAGUGCUCAGUGGUAGAAAGUGACUUCCUGACACUCAACCUUAAUUUCUCUUUGUUCUUUUGCAUCUAUUGCUUUUGUUCUUCCUCUGGGUAACAAACCAAAAUAGUGUUUCCAAGAAAACACUUCCAAAGGAAAACCAUUCAAAUACUUAGAAAACAACCAUCAUGUUCCCUUUGAGCCAUUACUUCUCUGAGUUAAAGUUCCACAGUUACUUCAACAGAUACUUAGUGGAUAUGGUGUUGAGAUGUUUUUUCAUUCUGGUUACCCUCAUAGGAUCAGUUAUCUAGAACUUGAAAGGGCCUUGGAUUUAUCUUGUGCUAAUGUCUUAUUUCAAUGUAAAGGAAACUGAGUCUGAGGAUGGACCUUGGUAAACCACUCCAGAGAAGCAGGAUGCCCAGACAGUAACAGAGUCAGGCUUAUCUCAACAUCUGCUGGUGGAGAAACAAGCUCAUUUCUGUCUACAGAAGGACCAAGUGAUGGUAGAAACAGUGUUCAGCCUUUUUUUCAGAGAACACAGAUGCUCCUGGAAUCACUCAGAAUGCAUGUAUUCCACAGCCCCACAGUCAGACAGGGGCUCCACUUCUUUGCCUAGCCUAAACAAAGGAACCAAGUAGUCCAGGACUGUCCCUUCACCCUUUGUUAGGAGUAUGAUGAACACUGCCAUGAUUGGAGCUCAGAUUAGCCCAAUUGUACCUUUUUCAAAGGAACCCACUGAGUCCCCACUUCCUAAGAGGGGUCCUCCCUCUGUUGCACCAGUGACUGAAUUCAGAACCAGGGACAAUGGACAGCUCAGUGGUGUUUCCUCCUUGUCCCCCAGUUCCCCAGAAUGGGAGGCCAUAGAGUUGGUAGUUUAACUGUUUCAUAGCUCAGUACACUCACAUCUGGACAGUCUCCCUCAGAGGAGCUUGACUGGCUGUCUUCAUGGCAAGUCCUGUGAAAGGGUCCAACCCAGAGCCAGAUAUUUAUACUGCUUUCAUCCAAAUCUCAAUUACUACAAGAACUAGGAUCAUAGAGUGUGUCUCAAACUUGACAUCAACCAGUGAAAUACCAGCUAUGUCCACCAGAAGCAGCUCCCCAGCUUUUUCUGAAGGAAGAAUGGGCAUCUAUGGCCCUAAGGCUCAGAAGUCACAAGUCUCUCACAACUUCAGCCCGACUUGGCACAUGACACUCUUUUCCCUCCAACUCCUAUUCCAGUUAUUCCUGUAGCCUCUUCCAGUUAUACCCAUGGCAAAAGAACAGGAGAUCUGCUGAAACCGCUACUAGUAACAAACAGACAACUCUGUCUCUUAGCAGCAAAGUCAGACAUAAUCCUUUCUUCUAUGAGCACUGUCACUCGAGCUCCAAGCACUGAGUCAGAAAGCAGCACAAGUCACCCCUUGACCAAUUCUUUUUCUGAAGACCCCAAGGUGUCCUUAACCACUGUUUCUGCAGAAAAAUCCCGAUUAGUCACCUCUAUUAAAUAGCAUCCCUUGACAAUCACAGCCCAUGGCGGCCAACAUACAGAAUCAGAGAAAAUCUCUCUAAUCCCCUUACCCACAGGGGCCACAGCCAGAACUUUUACUGUCAAGGUGACAAACAGUACCUAUCCUCAGCAAUUUCAUUGCUCAGCUCAACACCUGAAGUGAAUUCAGUUCUGCCUCCUAGUACAAUUCCAGGGGAUAUCCCAAAGAGUUUAAGGUCAUGACUCUGGAGAGACAGGUGGACUACUGUAAAGAUUAAAAUUUUGGGGAGACUGAAGCAAGAUAGAAAUUAGUUUAUCUCUGCAAGGAAUAUUAUAUUUUAUGAGGUUUAUUGAAGAAUAAAAUAUAAAGAAAACACAAGUAAGAAAAGCACGUGUCUAGGCCCAGAGAGCCUAUACACGACCACUCACAUCUUGCCUGCUAGGUGGAGAGCCGACCACUCAUAUCUUGCCUGCUAGGUGGAGAGCCGACCACUCACAUCUUGCCUGCUAGGUGGAGAGCCGCAUGUGCUCUGAAAAGGAAGUAAAAAAGAAGGCUGAGCCUAUUCACAACCAGGUUUAAAUACCCCAUCUCACUCUUGGCCCAGGUGAGAAUUCAGUGAGAUUCGAGGGCAUUCUGGGGAAGUGGAGCAAGGAUUUCUGGGGAAUGAAGUCCUGGAUUCAAGUCUAUUUUUACAUUAUGCUAAACACAGUGACCACUGCCAAUGCUGAUUCAGGUUCAAAUCCAGCUGCUGGGAACCAGGGUUGAGCUAUCUAUAACUCAAAUUCCAUUAGUCACCAAAAUUCACAGGGGAGGGACAUAGAAUCCGUAUUAUUUUUUCAUCCUAUACUUUAGUCCAGUGGAACUAAUUCAAUAUCAGCUUCCAAUUUGAUGCCAGGACUAGGGGACAGCCAAUAUUCUAUGGGUAACAUAGGCACAGAGGCCAGCCAUUAACUGUGCAAUCUCAUAUCCUCGUAUUUAUGCAGCACAAACAUAUGAGUGUGCUGUGGACAUUGUCACCCUCAAUGGAAAGUAGUCUUUGAGGCCAAGGGUUGUGUCAUUUUCCUCUUUGCAUCUAUAGAUUUAAGCACUGAAUAUUUGUGGAUUUGUUUGACAAGGAGACACUGGGGUCUCAGGAAAACAGGCCAAGGAAACAGAGGUUGGACCUCAGACAUGUGUCCCAUGAAGUGAUCUCUUUUAAAACCUGACACCUAGCUUUCUAAGCUCUUGGACUUGGAUUUAAUCAUCUAGGAGGUCUCUUGCAGCUCUAAAAAUAAUAACUAACAUCUAUAUAAUGCUUACUUUGAACCAGUCCCUAUGCCAAGUGCUUGGCAAACAUCUCAUUCAAUCCUCGCAACAACCUUUGAAGGUAGGUGCUCUUAUAACCCCUAUUUUUAGGAUGAAGAACUUGAAGCAGUCAGAGUCAAGUGAUUUGCCCAGAGUACCAGAAGUAGUAAUGUCUGAGGCUAAUUUUGAACUCAGGUCUUUCUGACUCUAAGUCCAGUUCUCUGUCCACUGCACUACUUAACUAUUGGAUCAUAGGUAGAUUUAUUUUCUUCUGUUUCUCUCCUAAACAUAGUCUCUCCUCUCAUGGCUGUUUUCUCUCCCUACAGGUUAUAAACAUCAAAUGAGCUUCCCUUGCUUCACAAACAUAUCAUGGAGCUCUUGCUACAAAACCUUCAAACUCAGCUUCACUAUUACCAACAUGUUUUACACAACAAAGAUGAAUCAAAAGGACACCAGAACAUUCAAGGCUGCUGAGCAUAUCCUACAAAUCUUGCUCAAGGUAUUGUUUGGAAGCAGCAAGCUUGGCUCUCAGUAUUGUGGAUGCAGUGGCCUUUCACUGAGGUCUCUGAGGAACAGCAUAGCAACUGGAGUAGAUAUACUCUGCACUUUCAAGAAGGACUCCUCCAACCUUGUCCUGGACAAAAAGGUGGUUUCCUGGGAGCUGACUGAACAGCUCUGUAGAAGAGAGCUAAAACACCUGGUUAUAGACAAUGAUAGCCUCAUUGUGAAUGGGUAUCAACAUAAGCUGCCAGGAAUCAGAUCCACAAAGAGAAGUGAGGUUGGUGUAGGACCUGUCACCCAUAUCCCAGACCAUGGAGAACCAGGAAAAAUCAUGACAUCACUGACUAGUGGCCUCCUGAUCCGUGAAUCCCCUGUAUAUGCUAUAGAGAGUGACAUUGGUGUAGGGCCCUUCACCCAUAUCCCAGAACAUGGAGCACCUGGAGACAUGACAUCAGUGACCAGUGAAUCUACUGUAUGUGCCAUGGGAUUCUCUACUGAGACUUCAGGGACACUGAAGAAUGUGAGUGGAUCUGACCAGGGAAGAGAACCAACGAACUCCACCAGUAUCCCUAUGACUGGCUUUAUCGGGAGAGAUUCCAUUGCUUACACUGAAACGGACAUACGUGUCAUGGAGACAACCUUGGAAGCCACAGCCACUCAAGACCCACUUCUCACUGUGCCCACUGGAGCAGGUGACCUCAUCCCUGGGAUGCACAGGAGAACUGUGUCCUCUCCCACCGAAACCUCAGUUCCAUCUGAGAUAUCCUCUGGAGUCACCAUUGCCAUUGCAAGGACCUCACUCUCCAUGACUCCAGUAGAAAUCACAGCUAGCCCCGGCUCCAGUGCUCCCUUAAACAUCAGCCUAAGCACAAGAACAGCUUCCCUUGAGCCUGCUACUUCGUUGGAGGACCCAGGGCCAGCCGGCCUGACUCCAGAAACUGAGAGAAACCCACAGGCAACACCAACUCCAGCUAUCACCCUGCCUCCAGCCAGCACACAGGAAGUUUGCACAACAGCAUCUCCCAGUCCUCCUGACACAACCACAGAGGGCAGCAGUGUCCAGGCAGGGACAGCCUCUGUUUCUGAUCAGGAGCCUUCCACUUCCAGCCUCUUCCCAAGAGGUGAUGCUGGUGUGGUGCCAGACACACAUGCCCAAGGCCAUGAUGCACCAGGAAGCACAGUAGCACCAAUAAGGAGCUCCCUCACCCCUGUGUCUACUAUUAUUCCCACAGGUCCAAAUAUUGUUCCCCCUUUCCUUCGGUCCCCCUCUUGGAGAGAUGCAGGGAGAUACAACUGGAAGAGCUUCAUCCUUAACUUCACCAUCACCAACAUGUUUUAUACAACCAAGAUGGCUCAAAGGGAUUCCAGCACAUUCCGUCUUCCUGAAUGUUUCCUGCAGCGCAUGUUCAAGGUAUUGUUUGAAAGAAGCAGCCUUGGUUCUCAGUAUUGUGGAUGCAAUGUGAUCUUGCUGAGGUCUAUGAAAAAUGGGGCAGCAACAGGAGUGGAGGUUAUAUGUUUUUAUAAGGAAGUUUUCUCUGUCCCCGUCUUGGACAAGAAGAAGAUUUACCAAGAGCUGAGUCAAGAGACUAAUGGAAUAACAAGGCUUGGACAUUAUAUUCUAGAUAAGAAAAGCCUCUAUGUGGAUGGGUAUAACCCUCAGAUGAUGCCACCCCCCUACACAAAAGAAUCAGUCUACCACCAUGGGUCCAGAAGAUGGAGGAAAGUCUACCGAAUGAAUGGCCAUCUGUUUCAAUCCAAACGUUUUAACAGAAGAGCCUACUGUGCCCAGUGCAGUGAAAGGAUAUGGUGUCUCGGAAGGCAAGGCUACAAGUGUAUCAAGUGCAAAUUACUGGUCCAUAAAGGUUGUCAUAUUUUUGUACCACGGACCUGCAAAAGGCAUAUGGAUUUGAUGAUGCCAUCCCAAGAAACUCAAGUAGAGGAUAAAAAUGAUAAAGUUGACCUUCCCUCCGAAGAAAAUGAUGGACUCGCUUAAGUUCCCUCAACCUGGAAACAGGACAGCCUUAAAGAUGAUUCUGGGGACAUUAAGCCAGUUAUCGAUGGGAUGGAUGGAAUUAAAAUAUCUCAGGGGCUCGGGCUGCAUUGCCACUAAUGGAUAAAUCCAUUACCCUCAAUUGUAUUGUA